CCGUAGUUGGUAAAAUAGGGUAAUACGACGAAUACGGUGGAUGUGAUCCGUGCCAGGUUUCGACUUUAUAGAAGUUUAUUGGUGUAGUGGCGGGCCCACAGUGCCUUGGCGUCCUCUUAUCCCUACCCCACGAAUCGGUUAGGGGAAUGACAUGACUAGUGCUACUUGACCGGCAACAUGGGAAGCUGCAACUGCCAGGCCAAGCCUCAACUGUAACAUCUCCAACUUUAACAACCCUGGUGUUGUAGGAUUACAUGCAGGCACUGCACAGAACAACACUCCUGCAUUUACACAUAUUAUGAUGCUGACACUUCUGCAGAAAUGAGCGUGGGGAUGAGCAUGGGAGGGUGUGUGGGUAAGCAACCAACCCUUGAAUGCCGACAAUUGACAGAUGGCGGCACGCUCGUUACGCCUGGUACAGACGCUUUCAGGAGAGCGUAUUAGAAGGGUAGGUUAAAUGAUUACUAUACCCGAUGGACCAUGUAUUAAGAGGCCGGGUGUCCUUCACCGCACUGAGCGGCUGCAUACUUAGGGUUGGGUUUAACACAUUUGGUGGGUGUAUGUUGAACUUUCUCCACCAGCGUGGAUGGGGCUUGCCGGCUGCCAGGUAUCAGCGUUGCCGCUAUCCAAUUUCAAUUCGACGGGAAGCGCCGUGUGGGCUAUGUGAAGCUACCAGCCGUCCUGCUCCAUUACGUACGGCUAAGCUUAAUGGACUCCCCCAGCUUCCGUUUCUGGCGAGAUUUUCAGUACUUGUCAUGGUUCUUGCGGUUGACCGGAUAACGUCCCCGGCCCAGCCUUAAUCGCCGUACCAUUUCACUCAAUCCAAUGCCAGUAAUGGAAGGUUUGCCUGCUGAUCGGCAAUGAAGUAUGGUUCAUCAUAAAUAAAACCCAAACACGGUCUCACAACGCCACACGCCACAUGAAGAACCCUCGACAUGAAAGAAAGUAGGUACGGCCGUGCGCUAUUUCCAAUGUCACUUGUAUGACGGGUAGGGUUCUGCCAACCAUUGCCCAGGGACUGAUAAGGGACCGGACUGCACCUUACGCGAUAUAGUCGUGUAUAGCAGAGUAUAGUCUCACAUCUAGUCAUCUAGUCUAUCAUCAUGGCGUCCUCUGGCGGCCCUAUGCCUCUCCCCGAGGACAAGAAUAUGGGAACCGUCCUUCUCAUAUUGACAUCCGUUCUGAUCUUCUUCACCAUCACUACGACAGUACUACGCCUAUGGGCGCGAUACAUGCGCGGCCUGAUCGGCUGGGAUGACUAUACGAUCGGCGUGUGCUGCCUCCUCGCCAUCGGGCGAACCAUCAUCCAGAUCGUCUCGGUGUACCACGGCAAUGGGCGGCAUCGAGUGUACAUAUCAGACGAGGACUACCAAUACGUCAACUUCCUGACAUGGAUGACCCAGAUUUUUCUCUUCCUCAACAUCGGCCUACUCAAGUGUUCUAUCUGCAUUCUCAUCUUACGAAUCAAGAACACGCCUGUGCUGAACUGGUGCCUGUAUAUCAUGAUGGCGGGCCUCAUCUUAACGAAUAUGGAGUGCGUCCUUGUUCUGCUGGCAGAAUGCUCCCCUGUUGAGAAGUACUGGCAUCCAGAUGUGCCCGGAAAGUGCUGGGACACCAAAGUCCGCAUUUACUCCAUCUACCUCCAAGUUGGCUAUUCUGUUGUCACCGAUCUUAUCUGCACGCUUCUUCCAAUCGUUGUACUGUGGAAGGUCCAAAUGAAACGAUCCCUCAAGAUUGCCGUCUGUGGCCUCAUGUCCCUUGGUCUCAUUGCAACCGCCACAGCCAUCGUGCGCGCCUCCUCGCUUGGAACCACAACCUCAGAUCUCACCUACGCGUACUGUAUGGCCGCAAUCUAUGGAAACACCGAGCUGCACCUCGGCAUUAUUGCUGCGAACCUUUCUCUCUCGCGCUCAAUUUAUGGAUACUUCAUGGGCCGUAACCGGGACGGCACGUCAGGCGCCUCGGGGUCGGUGUUCCCGACGAUCGGCUCCAAGGGGUCGCGGGGAUUCCCGCUGAAUAGCAACAGCGACCAGCAGCCAAGGAGAGGGCGCAAGAACAGCGAGGUUGGUAGUGAGUCCAGCCAGAUGGAGCUGGGAGACCAUGUGGUGAAGACAACCGAGUUCCGGCUCGAGGAGGAGUCGGUGGAGCGAGAGGGGGGAAUGGAGAGGGAUAGGGUUACGCGGAUGAGCUGGGACCAGAAGCCGAUGCCAAAGAGAGGGUUCCACGGGGGCAGAGUUUCGGGGGGUGGGUAGAGGUGGUACACUACAAAAAACGGGC